CCGACUUCCGGCGGAGUCCUAGGUCGUAGCGCGCAGCCGUCAUGGCAGCCGAGGAGAAGGACCCCUUGAGCUAUUUCGCGGCCUAUGGGAGCAGCAGCUCAGGCUCCUCAGGUGAGGAGGAUAACAUCGAGCCCGAAGAGACAAGUCGCAGAACCCCUGAUCCGGCGAAGUCGGCGGGCGGCUGUGGGAACAAGGCAGAGAAGCGGCUGCCGGGCCCCGACGAGCUGUUCAGCAGCGUGACUCGCCCAGCCUUUCUCUACAAUCCGCUCAACAAGCAGAUAGACUGGGAGAGGCACGUCGUCAAGGCUCCUGAGGAGCCUCCAAAGGAAUUCAAAAUAUGGAAGUCAAACUAUGUACCACCUCCUGAGACCUACAGUACUGAAAAGAAACCUCCGCCUCCAGAGCUGGAUAUGGCUAUAAAAUGGUCUAACAUAUAUGAGGACAAUGGUGAUGAUGCCCCACAGAAUGCUAAGAAAGCUAGGCUUCUACCGGAAGGGGAGGAGACAGUGGAAUCAGAUGAUGAAAAAGAUGAGCAUACUUCUAAAAAGCGCAAAGUAGAACCAGGAGAACCAGCAAAGAAGAAAAAGUAGAAAACAACAAAUGACUAGAAUUUCUGGACUGCUAAACCUAUUGAAAUAUUUCUUUGGGUGAAUUAAGUUGAUAUUCUGGAUUAUUAUCAUCCAACAUUUCCAUGAAAAUACAUAUGUUAUUGAAAUCUAAUAAGUAUUGCCUCAAGAACUGUCCACUGUAGAAUUCAUUUUUUAUUUAAAACUUGUAUGUAUUUAAAACUCAAAUGGUGACUUGUGAUUGUGAAAUUGACAACACUUGGAAACAUCUUGCUAUCACAGAAUUGGUAACAUGCUUUGAGAAUUUUGUCACAUGUUGACAUGCCAAUGUUCUAUGAACCUUUUAUAAAGGAAUAUAUUUUUAACGUAAAUAUAUUGUAAUGUACUGUGAACUUGUAGGGUGCUUUUCAACAGUGUUUGUACAGUGUAAAUAGAUCAUGGAAAUAAAAUUACUUAUUCAAUAUUACUAUUACUGUAUAAUAUUAACAUCUGAAUAUUUGGGACAAGUACCUUCUUUGCCAUGUGAUGUUUUAAAUUAUAAUAAGUAUUACCAUUUAAGGGGUACCUCCUAUGUUCCAGGUGCUUUGUGCAUAUGUUAUCUCUGAUCCUCAAAUAACCUAGUAAGGUAGGUAUUAGUAUCCUCAUUUUAUAAUAAAGAAUACUUGAGUAACUUGUCUAGUGUUAACACAGCUAGUGAGUGAUUAAUUUAGAAUUUAACUCAGGACACUUGAACUCUAAAAUCAUCACAUUAAACCACCCAUCUGUCAAUUAAAAAUUAGUCAUCUUUCAAGAGCUACAUCAAUUGUCAUCUCUUCCAGGUACUCUUCUAUUGUGUAAUAGUGGAGACCUUUUUCUUCUGAUUGUAUGACUGCACUUAUCAUAUAUGCCUAAUAUUAUUAUUCAUCGAUCAAUUUCCCUACUAAAUAUAAUAGUUUACUGAAGAUAAGGAUCUUCUGCAAAGGGUUGCCAGAUUUAGCAAAUAAAAAAAUGGGAUCCCAGUUAAAUUUGAAUUUCAGAUAAAUGAUGUUUAGUAUAUGUAAUAUUCAGGACAUAUUAAUCUGGCAACUCUACUUCUACAUAUAUUCUCUACUGAGGUCCUAUUUUAAUGCUUUACAUAUAGUAAUACUCAGCAAAAUGAACAAGAGGUUGUUGGGAAGAUGUAAUCUUCGAUUUAAGUUCUAUAGUCCAAAAUGCAGUGCAGUUAUUUGUAGCAUUUUGAGUGAUAAAAAGGAGAGGUUACACACUCCCUCAAUCUUUCCAUGAUUCUUAUGCCCUUAAGAGACGAGAGUUAAUUAUAUUGCACAUUCAGUGUAUAAAGAAGACAUUCUUUAAAAGUCUCCAGUCUGUUUUUUCCCCCAUUGUGAAAGACAAAAUAUGAAAAAUUAUAUAAAAUUUGUUUACUUAAGCACGGGUUGAGUAGAUUAAAAUUUGUAAAAGUUAUUAAAAGUGAUUGUGCCAGCCAUGGGGUUUUGGAGAAUGAGGAAGGUGCGUAAGAGAAUGAUGGCUUUCAGUAUAUCUCGAACUUAGAAAAACCAACUCUAUAGCUGCACAUCCUCUAGGUUUGCAACUAUAUGAAUUCCAAAAUUGAAGUAAUUGCUAAAGCAAGUUUUCUUUAAAUUGAAGUCUUUGUAUGUGAAGAAUUUGGAAAUGUACAGUGUCAUAUGCUAGGGAGUGGCGUCAACUGCUAAAGCAUAACCCCAGUGUGACACCAAACUAGACACAAAUGAAUUGAGUUAUAAUGGUGAGGUGGUGAUUCCCAGGCUCUGAAGAAAUCUAUAGUUUGGAUCCGUGUAUUGGUGGAGCACAUAUCUCAGAAGUUACUGCAGUACUACAAGGUUUUAAAAUUAGCACAAAAGCAAAGCUCAUACACAAAAGCCCAGCGUGCCACUCACUGUCUGAAAAUCUUUUAAAUCUCUUUUUACUUAUGGGUUCAACUCCCAACUUAGAUCAAUUAGUUUGUGGCAGAGAACAAAAGCUCACUAGUUCAUCCCUGGUGGUGCUUUGAGCCUCCUUUCUAGAAAAUAACAGAAGUGGGAAAGCAAAUAUCACUCUUUUAGAGCAAGGAUGUGUGUUUUAAUUUUUCAAACGGUGGCUACGCCUGUGGAAUUAUUAAGCAACUGCUGGGAGAUGUUCACCUAAUGCCAGUACAGGUCACAGCUAGUUUUUAUUUUAUGAAGGGGAAGAGAGGACUUAGGAAGGAGCAGGCUAAAUAUUUUGGAGCAGGCUAACUCAGUCAUUUGUAUCUCAUUGGGUUUCUUUUCAAAAAAUGGAAAGGGAAAUGAACUUGUUUAUGGAUUGCUUCACCUUCACAGAAAUAUUCCUGUUUGGAAAAUGGACUUUCAUACCACUGUACAUCUAUCACCACGUUGGAGAAUGGAUUUAUUUCCCCUUCAGAGAUGUCCUGGCAACAUGUUUGUACAAGUGUGUCUGUGUGAGUUCUGAGGUGAAGUGUGGUUCAGCUAGUGAAAACCCAAUGGGGAAGAGUUUUAUAAAAAUCCAUGUAGAUGAGAAAAAUUAUCCAAGUAUCCUUUUCAGAGAAUCAAAUCACUUGAUGUUUCUGUUGUUUCUUCAUCUUUAAAAUAAAGUUAAACUACAUCA